CGGACGCGUUGCCAUGGUGACCGGAGCCAGCUCCGGCAUAGGGGCCGCCGUGGCGCGCGCGCUGCUGCAGCGCGGGGUCACCGUCGUGGGGGUCGACCUGCGCCCCGACAGGAUGAAGGAAUGGCAACUGAAUGAUUUCACCGGGCAGUUGAAUCCAUUAUACGGAGAUGUCAGUGACGAGGAAAGCAUACUUUCUGUGUUCAAAUGGAUUGCUGAUACCUUGGGAGGCGUCGACAUUCUCGUCAACUGCGCGGGAUUGUGUCGCAACUGCAGCUUGAUUUCUGCUCCAACGUCGGACUGGAAACUGAUGCUAGAUGUGAACUUGCUGGGGCUAAGCAUGUGUACCAGGGAGGCCGUGCAGGACAUGUUCAAGAGAGGUGUCGACGACGGCUUCAUCGUGCACAUUUGCAGUAUCGCCGGUCACGUGCCAAUACAUGACACUGAGUACUCCAUGUACUAUGCCAGCAAGAUAGCUGUGAAGACGCUGCUUGAAGGACUAAGAAAGGACUUGGUUGCCAGGAAGAGCAAUAUACGAGUUGGACAGAUCUGUCCGGGAACGGUGAGGACGGAGCUCUUUAACCAGCUGACCGGCCUGCCGGACGAUUUUUGGGAGGGUCUUUUCCUGGAGCCUGAAGACAUUGCAGAGGCAGUCGUCUUCAUGCUGUCACAGCACCCUCGCGUGCAGGUACAUGACAUCAUCAUCCGAGCAACAGGAUCCGACGUCUAA